CAGCCCCCCAUUGACUUAUGUAUGUGAUAUAAAGCGCACGAGGCCCUCUGUGAGACAAUGUUCAAAUAAAAAAAAGAAAAAAAAAGAGAGAAAGAAAAGAAUCAUUACUAAUUUACAAUACAUACUGAUCAAACUCUUUUUCAAGUAAUUCCUUAAAUUUAGUUCUAAUAACAAUUAAUAAUCUACAAUUAUUAUUAUUAUAACUUUUGUCAAAAAUUAACAGUGAUCAAUUCUUAGAUGAGAUACAUGAUGAAUAUUUAACACUUAUAGACAAACCAAUAUGUUAUCAACCGAUGCCAAGCCUGAUCCACCUCGAAUAAAUCAAUCUUCCCAAAACGGCACUGAAAGAACAUUUUGUAAAUACCGUGAUGAACUUUAUGAUAAUCAAUCCAAUCUCUCAAAAAAGCAAAAAGAAAACAAAAAGCUAAAAACGAAGAGUUCCGAAAAUGUAGUUAAUUAUAAUAUUAAUUACUCUAACCAUGUAAGUAUUGGAACAACAAAUACUUAUAUUUGUAAUGUAAAUCAGGUAUGUGAAACUAAUCAACUACAAAAUAAAACCAAUAAUGAAUGUGCCAUAUUGGAGAUGCCUCAUAAUGUCAAAAAGUUAAGUUUUUCUGAGCAACAGCUUACUGUCAAGAAUAUGUUUUUUAUUAAAACUCAUUUGGGAUAUGGCUGGAGAAAAUUUUUUAAAUCCUUAGGAUAUACUAAUGGGCAGUUAGAUCAAUUUGUAGAAAACUAUCGAAUAAAAGGAAUCGAUGAGGUCAUUUAUCAACUUCUUCUGGACUGGAAAUGUUUAAAUGGCAAAAAUUCUUCAGUUGGAACCAUUGUUAAUCACUUAUGGAAAUGUCAACAAUAUGAAUGCGCACAAAUUUUUGCUUCUAGUUUAUAGAUUUUCUUAUUUAUAUUGAAUAAGUUUUCUUUUCUUACGAAACGAAUGCUUUAGAGGGAACUUGGAGCUAGGCUGUAUACUCAAUGUAUUUUCAGAAAUUUUAUUAUUCUCCUUAUGUCUGUAAUAAGUUUAGAAAUUAAGUUUCUGGAAAAGAACAUAUGACUAAUUACUGCGGAGCUUUAUAUUUUCCGAUUUCAAAAUUUCUUUAAAAAGUGUUUAUAAAAAAAGAUAUAUUUCUUAUUGAUAUUUAUAAUAUUGAAAACCAAUCAUUAUUAUGAGUACGGAUUUAAGGAAUCUGGCAAAUUCAGAAAACAUUAUUUCAGUUGAUAUAUUAGUAAGGAAAAAUAAAUUAAUAGUUUACCAGUGAAUAAUUUUAAUAUCAAUUAUUUAAGCGAAUUCUAUUUAAAUUUAAUUUUACUCUCAUUUAGUUAUAUUUUACUUUUAAAGGUCUUCUUAAAUCACUCGACAGAUAUGUUUUCCCGCUACUAAAAUGCCUUAUUGCGUUUCGAAAGGCGAAUGUGUGCAUGUGCGCAUGUGCCUCGAUUUAAAUAAAAAAAUC